AGCGCGGGCUCCGGGGCGCCGCCGACAGCGCAUCCCGAGCUUCCCAGGCAGCACUCGUCCGGGCCAGCAGCCGGCCCCGCCGGGAGGCGACCGAGCAGAAGAGGCGACGGCUUCUCCGCGCGGGGAUCCGCGCUGCGCUCGGCUCCCCUCAGCCGCCCGGCGCGGGGAGGUCCGCGGGGCUGCGCGGCCGAGCGGCGCCGAGAGCCGUCUCUCUCCGCGCAACUUCGCUUACGCGGCAGGACCUGAGUGGGCUGCUGCGGGUCUUCAGGGCGCGAUCGCCUUUGCAUCAUUUUUCAGCUGCAAAAGGCAGUAAUUCGGUAACCCAACAGAAAUAAAGCAAACUCGGGCUUACCUAAAAGUUAGGAUACCUUUUUUUUUUUAAAAUCCCCCUUUCUUUCACGAUUUUCGUUGCCUAUGUGGAAGUCGCCUAAGAACCGUGCUCGGCGCACUGCAUGGGAAGAAGCAGCUUGUUUUUCGGAUGAAGGAUUUGCUGUUGCAGAGCGGGCGAACUUCCAUGCAGUGGGGCAGCCUUCACUACUCUUAACGCCUUGACGAUGCGCGGAGGAGCCCAUGUAGAUUGACAUCGUGUGCACAGAAGACACUGAAGCUGCUCUUGGUGUUCUGCACAAAUACUCAUUAGUCAUUCUGGAGAUGGACUUGCUGUCUGGAACCUACCUCUUGGCAGUCUUAGUGGCCUGUAUUGUAUUUCAAUCUGGCGCCCAGGAGAAGAAUUACACCGUGCGGGAAGAACUGCCUGAAAAUGUCCUCAUUGGCAACUUGCUCAAGGAUCUUAACCUAACGCUGGACCCAGAUGUGCCCCUUUCCUCACCACUGCAGUUCAAGCUGGUGUACAAGACUGGGGAUGUCCCAUUAGUACGGGUGGAGGAGAACACGGGUGAGAUAUUCACCACUGCUAACCGCAUAGACCGGGAGAAGCUGUGCUCCGGCAUCCUCACUGAGAAUCGCUGCUUCUACGAGGUGGAGGUUGCCGUUUUGCCUGACGAGGUUUUCAGAUUGGUCAAGAUCAGAUUCCUAAUAGAGGAUAUAAAUGACAAUGCCCCCCUCUUCCCCUCAACAGUUAUUAACAUCUCUAUCCCUGAAAACACAGCGAUUAACUCCCGCUAUUCUGUGCCGUCUGCCAUCGACCCGGACAUCGGGGUGAAUGGGAUCCAACAUUAUGAGCUCCUUAAGCCCAAAACAGCUCCGAAAAGGACCUUUGGAUCCAUUACAAACGAUCAGGGUCAAAACGUGUUUGGUCUUGAUAUAAUUGAGACGCCUGAGGGAGAUAAGUGGCCUCAGCUGAUUGUCCAGCAGAUCCUGGAUAGGGAACAGAAGGAUACCUAUGUGAUGAAAAUUAAAGUUGAAGAUGGUGGAAGCCCUCCAAGGUCUAGCACCGCCAUCUUGCAAGUGACAGUGACUGAUGUGAAUGACAACCGCCCUGUUUUCAAGGAGAAUGACAUUGAAGUUAGUGUUCCAGAAAAUGCUCCGGUGGGCACCUCCGUUUCUCAGCUCCAUGCCACUGAUGCAGACCUGGGCUCAAAUGCACAAAUUCACUUCUAUUUCAGUAACCAGAUCUCCAGUUUGGCCAAGAGGCUCUUUGCCAUCGAUAACACCACUGGCCUCAUCACUAUACGAGAACCACUGGACAGGGAGGAAUCUUCUGUCCACAAAUUAACCGUUUUGGCCAGUGAUGGCAGCUCAACGCCGUCAAGAGCGACAGUGACCGUUAAUGUCACGGACAUCAAUGACAAUGUGCCAUCGAUAGACACGAGGUACAUCAUCAACCCGGUGAACGGCACGGUGCUCUUGUCUGAGAAGGCUCCCCUCAACACCAAAAUCGCGCUGAUCACGGUGAUGGACAAGGAUGCGGAUCUGAACGGAAAGGUGACUUGUUUUACGGACCACGAUGUCCCUUUCAGGCUAAAGCCGGUGUUCGAUAACCAGUUCCUGCUGGAGACAGCCACCUUUCUAGACUAUGAAGCCAUGCGGGAAUAUGCCAUUAAAAUAGUGGCUUCGGAUUCAGGGAAACCUCCCUUGAACCAGUCUGCAAUGCUUCUGAUCAGAAUUAAGGACGAGAAUGACAAUGCCCCAGUCUUCACACAGCCCAUCAUUGGCCUUUCCAUCCCUGAAAACAAUGCUCCUGGUACGCAGCUGACCAAGAUAAGUGCUACGGACGCUGACAGUGGGCGCAAUGCUGAGAUCAGCUAUAUCCUGGGUUCUGAUGCACCCCCGAUCUUUAACCUUGACCGCCGUACAGGCAUCUUGACAGCAGUGAGAAAGCUGGACAGAGAAAAGCAAGACAGGUACUCCUUUACUGUGCUGGCUAAGGAUAAUGGGAUGCCACCCUUGCAGACCAAUGCUACUGUGACAGUGUCAGUCCUGGACCAGAACGAUAACAGCCCUGCUUUCACACAUAAUGAAUAUAAUUUCUAUGUGCCAGAAAACUUACCCAUGUAUGGCACAGUGGGGCUUAUCACAGUUACAGAUGCUGACUCGGGAGAGAAUGCUGCAGUCACACUGUCUAUAUUAAAUGGUAGAGAUAAUUUCAUUAUAGAUCCACUUACUGGUGUUAUAAGACCUAAUAUUACCUUUGAUAGGGAACAGCAGGGAUCAUACACAUUCCAGGUGAAAGCUGUGGACGGAGGAAGACUGCAGCGUUCCUCAACUGCCAAAGUGACCAUCAAUGUUGUUGAUGUAAAUGACAAUAGGCCUGUUUUUGUCAUUCCUUCAUCUAACUAUUCCUAUGAGUUGGUUCCAACGUCUACCAGUCCGGGGUCUGUAGUCACUAAAGUCUUUGCAGUUGAUAAUGACACAGGAAUGAAUGCAGAACUCCGCUAUAGCAUCAUAGGUGGGAACUCGAGGGGCUUGUUUACAAUUGACCAAUUAACAGGCAAUAUUACUUUGAAAGAAAAGGUAAUUACAUCAGAUCAUGGCUUGCACAGGCUAGUGAUAAAAGUCAAUGACCUAGGACAGCCAGAGUCUCUUUAUACUAUUGCUCUGGUGCAUUUGUUUGUGAACGAGACAGUCACCAACGGUUCCUAUGUGCAGGAGCUAGUGCGCAGGAAUAUGGAAACUCCGGUUGGCCAAAAUCUUGGGGAUGGAGAGAUAACCCCGCAGACCAAUGAUUAUGUCAAGAUCAUCAUUGCCAUUAUUGCAGGCACGAUGACAGUGAUUCUGGUAAUUUUUGUUACUGCUUUAGUACGCUGCCGCCAGACACCUAGGCACAAGGUUGUCCAAAAAAACAAGCAGAGCGGCGAAUGGGUUUCUCCAAACCAAGAGAACAGGCAGAUCAAGAAGAAGAAGAAGAAGAAGAAGCGGUCACCAAAAAGUCUCCUCCUCAACUUUGUGACUAUUGAAGAAUCUAAGCCUGAUGAUCCUGGCCACGAGCACAUAAAUGGCACUUUAGACAUUCCUGUAGAGCUAGAAGAGCAGACUAUGGGAAAAUAUAACUGGGCCACCACACCGACCACAUUUAAGCCCGACAGCCCGGAUUUAGCAAAGCACUACAAGUCUGCUUCACCGCAGCCUACCUUUCAAAUUAAACCUGAGACUCCUGUACCCCCCAAGAAGCACCAUGUCAUUCAGGAACUGCCUCUAGAUAACACCUUUGUGGUGGGCUGUGACUCAAUUUCCAAGUGCUCGUCAAGCAGCUCGGACCCUUACAGUGUUUCUGAAUGCAGCUGUCAAGGAGGCUUCAAGACCCCAGGCCCCAUACACACCAGACAGCACACAAAAGAGGUGGGAAGGCCACAAACUCCUUUGAAAGAAGCAACCUUGGAGCCUUGGACUCAGCCACAGCCUCAGCGCCGUGUCACAUUUCACCUGCCAGAUGGCUCCCAGGAAAGCUGCAGUGACAGUGGGCUCGGAGACCAUGAACCCACGAGUGGUGCUAGCGCCUCGCACCCGCUGCCGCUCGGCUUCCCCCAGGACGAGUACUAUGAGCAAGCUUCACCCAACAGCCGGACAGAGGGAGACGGCAACUCGGACCCGGAGUCCACUAUCGAAGUGAAUCUGCAGAAAGCCCUCGCCGAGGCCUCUGACACCUGCACGCAGGAGUGCCUGAUCCUAGGCCAUUCCGACAACUGCUGGAUGCCGCCGUCGCUGACGCAGUACCAGCAGGCCAACACGCCUCUGCCGUCCUUCGGCUUCCAGCAAGCCUGGGGCCGCGGAGCCAGGCCUGAGGGACGGCACACGCUCGGGAGGCCCCUGCCGAAGGACGACACUGACAAAGGCCAGGGUGGGCCCAGGCCUCAGUUCUACAACACCUGCGAAAGACACUGUGCCAGCAAGGAUCCCGUCAAAGUCAUCCCCCUGGCCAGCUUCGCCGCGGCCCAGCAGGCCCCGGGGUCCGGCAGCAGCAGCACGCUCGUGCGUGAGCACCAGCUCUGAGCACCUGCGGCACGGCCCCGGGGCAGGCGGGAGCAUGGCGGCGGUGCUGGCACCACGCUCGGGGCGCGGGCAGACUGCUGGGCUUGUGAGUAACCCUGUACAGAACACAGAACCCUCAGCGCUCACGUACAGGAGCUCGCCAGAGCUCUUGCUAAACCCCACAGGCGGGAAGAAAGCUCCCACCCAUGAACACCACACCUUCACGUUGCGGCGUGGCCAUCCAGCGCAAACGCCUGCCAGCACUUCUUCCUCCCUGCUGAAAGCAGUGUCUUAGGACAGCUAGGGGAACAUUGCAGUCUAAAUACAGUUUACUUCAGUUCUUUGUUGUUAUAAUUUAUAGCAUGUCCAUAGGCUUCAUCUUCCAUGUGCUUAGCAAUAGAGAUCAAGUGGGCGAUUCCUCGUCUGACUCCCUUCGGUAAUGGGAUGAAGAAGGUGCUGCCGUCUGAUUCUCCAGAAGGAUGGCACAUCUCUACAUCAAAAUGGUUCUGUUACCUAACUCAGGAGGAAAGUGUACUUACAGACCUGACAGCUGCUUUCGGUUUGAUUUUCUACAGGUAUUUAUUCUUUGAAAGAGUGCAGUAGAUGACAUAGAAAGCUCUCAGCCAGGCUCUUCUGCGUGAAGCAGCAUGGCAAUGAUAGGAUAUUCAAAUCAAAACCUGAACAAAAAAUCCUAUAAAUAACUUUUUUUUCUUUUGAUUUCCAGGGUUUUCCUUUCUGCGGGAAUGCAAAGCAACGCUGCGGUGCACAUUGUGCUUGACCAGCCCUGAGUCUGUUUCUUACUCUUUUUUAAGGCUUUCUUUUUUGCCGUUGCAGAGCUCCCUUUGGCCGCUGUCCCUGUCAGCUGAAAAUUAUGUGGGCACUGCUGAGAACAGUGGGAAAAUGGGAUAGGGUUUUUUGGCUGAUAGGAUGUUGUGGCUGCAAGCUACUGGGUGUUUAAAUGAAAUAUAAAGCGGGGGGGUUACAGCUGUACUCAGCUAGUGUAAGCAUUCAGGAAAAGGCUGACUGGAAUGUUAGUCACCUCACCACAAACCUGUACUGGUCACUGUAGCUCAGCUUGUCAGAGAGUGACUGGCAGUGCUCAGCAAAGACAGGAGAAUCUAGGUGAUGAGAGCUGGACAAGUGUAAUCAUAAACACUCCCCCUCAGGACAUUGGGUAAAGUCUGAAGAUGCUUCUCAUUAAAGAUUGGGGAUUUUUUUAGUGUGCUUAAUAGUGGCAGCAGAAAAGCUGGUAAAUCUCUGGCGGGUGAGAAGGAGGCCUCUUUCUUAGGGCAAACACACUUCCCUCCAAGCACUCUGUUGCUGUUCAGCCGUUUGAGUAUCUGCGGUGUGUACAUCCAGGAAGUUUUUUCUUUACGAGCCUGUGUAUCUUUGUUUAGCUUCCUUGCUACAUCGAGACAAUCCAAGUUAUAUGGAGAUGAAAAAAGAUGAUGUGUGAAUAUUUCCUGUGGAUAGAAUUCUGUGUAGGCUUCAUAUUGUAAGUUAAACCUGUAAUUUAUAAACAAAGCUGUGUGUACAAAUGCUGUAAUAAUAGCUGCUUGUAAAAUUUACAGAGGUUCAAGUCAUUGAGGGUUUCCAAUGAAUGCUAAAAGAGCUUCUCUUAUGUGCCCAGCAGGUAUAAGUAGCUUUAUAUAUCACUGUCCCCACUGUAAAUCUAUUCAAAUCACAUUUAGAUUAGAUGUGCAAAUUAAAAGAAGCUUCACUUUUAACCUACUGCUAGGGUUUAAUUAAUGGGCAUCCAGUUACCUAAUGAUGUACCUAUUGUCUUUUCUUUUUUUUUGACUGUAGUUUUCAGUAAUGUUUAGAGAAGAUGUGGCACACUGGCUUCCAGUUGCACGUCAGUCCUGAAAACAGUAAUGAUCCUUUGGGUACUGACACGCAAUAGCUGGCGCAAGCUGCUUCCCCGUUCCUGGGCAGCUGAAAGUUUGACAAAUUAAUUCGUACCUGCUGUAUACAAAGCCCGUUGUCGUUUGCUUUGGAGAGAUCACAAGGAGAAAACUGAGCAGUCCUUUCCAGGGCGAGGCGAGAAAAGCUUGUCUGUCGUUUACAUGGAUUCAUCAAGCAUGUUAAUUGUGCGCAUUUUGGACAAUGCUGGCAGCUAAGGCUCCCUGCUGUAAGCAGAGCACUUCGGAGGCUGCUGUGCCAAAUGUUCACAGAAUUGGCAGCUGCAUUGGAAAAAUCCAUUUUUGAUUUACUUAUUUUUUAUGCAACAUUUCCUUUCUGGUUAAAAAUUGCCACUGAGAUUUCCUAGCAAUGGAUUCAUUGCUACAGUUUAUGAUUUUCAUAGGAAAGCUGAAGGAACCAGAGUUAAUUUUUUUCAUAGGUAGGGAAGAAAAACCAACUAACAAACUUUACAAAUGAGUGUUCAGGGCUUUGGUUUGCUUCCUUUUUCCUGAGACACAGAAACAAUUAACUCUCUCUCCUUCUCCUGAAAGUAAGCAAACAAAAACCCACACCAAAACACCUUACAACUGCAGAAACUGCUUACAGCAAAAACGUUGUAAAGACAAAUUUGAUGAUGGGAAGUACAAAAUGUUAUAUCCAUGAAUUCCAUUGUGAUACUCCAAAAUUCUGUCAGCAAGACACAGAGCAGUUGACUGCAAACCCGCGUUGGGUCAGGCGCAAAACGGCUCCCGUGGGUUUAUAUAUUGCAUGUGUACUAUACAAAGCUACAGGUCUGAGGCAGCACUUCCGAGUGACAUGUCAGUAUCCAGAGGGAUAAUAUUACUAGAGACUCUUCACACAUCUUGCCAUAUAUAAAAAUUAUUUAUCUAGUACCUAGACUGUAUAUUUUUGUGUAACUUUUAUUUCAGUCAUUUAACUUAUUUUAUCUUACUUGUGUGAAUUGGUGGAGAAAACAAUCCUAUAUACAAUAUACAGUAAAACGGUAGUUACAUGAUUAGAAUUGUUCAUACAGUGUAACAGUAAGGGAAAACCUUUGCCUUCAAAGCAAUGUGUCACACAGUCUAGCCUAGGUCAUCGACCCCACCCCAAACUCGGCACCUGCUUGCUGCACACCCAAGUGUUGCGUGGAAGUCACGGGCGGUGGUGACAGAGACCUGCACUGCUGUCCAGAGUGGGCCAGCAGUCAGGGAUGAAAAAGAAACGCCAAAAGCAAAGAGCUGAACUCAAGCCGUUUGAAGCCAAAGAUGCUGGUUUCUUUGGCUAGCUAGCCUGUGCUGUAUUCUGAAGUGGAACUUCGGUGUAAGGAAAGAAUAAUCAGGCAUGUCUGCUUGGCCCGCCGGGCUGCUGAGCACCUGCUCUGCCCGGGCUGAGAGCUGGCCGGGUGCAGGCCAUUCAGCUAGCGAGUGUGGCAGUGAGCCCAUGCUAACAGGCCCCGGGGGGCUUGGGGCCGCUGGCACAGCAGCUCUCCUGGCAUAGCCUCAGUUACCUGGCGCUGCGGCCAGCCAGGGCUUUCUGCUUGCCUGGGGCUGCAGGAGAGCAGCCACUUGGCCUCAAAUAUUUAUGGCACACGUGCGUAUAGGUCUGUUUGGGAUUUUUGUAGGAGCGGUGGAGGUUCGUUCUGUUGUGUUCUGGACGAGCUAGCUGUAACCCAGUGUGCAGCCUCAGCAGCCCUGAGCUACCAUUAUUACCUGCUUCCAGCGUGGUUGAAGCCAAAGACAGCAGCCCUGAAUCAUUUCCAGUCAGUAAUCAUUAACGCAAGGUUAUUUUAUUCAACCUUACAAAGGUUGUUUUUAAAGCUUGAAAAAAUGUGCUUGGCUUUGUUUGCUCAAGUUUUGCUUUUGCAGCUUCGAUACCAAUCCUUAAUGAAUUAUUAUCAAUUGAAUGAUUGCACUGCAGUUCGCUGCCAUGAUUUAACCAGAUACAUGAAGGGACUGGUUUGUGCAGACACAAAGUACAGUUGAAGGCAAAGAUUUUAUUUGGUAUACAUAGGAAAAAUGUGUAUAACUUAUGUUAUCCCUAGUGAAGAAAGAGGUUGCCUAUCUCUUGUAAAUAUCCGAGUUUGUAUUUCUGGGAAGUCUUCCUGCUCUAUGGCAUACUCCAGGAUCCAAGAGCGAGCAGUGUGUGUCUGUGUUGAAACAGCCCUAACCACACUUCACAAGUCGUGCAGCUGGCCAUCAUGUACUACAGUCCAGCAGCAGUUGAAGUCCAGUCAAUUUGCAGUAGUUCUAUUUCAGGUUUCUGUACAGCAUGUUGUCUUGUUAAUUACAAUGCUUAUUAAUAAACUAGAGCCACAAAAGCA